CGACCUCCAUCGCUGCGAGGUCGGACCGUAAGUACGAGAGAGAGCUCCCCUUGGCUCCCUGCGCCUCGUCUCGACUCUCCGUCCCUCCCCGCGGCUCCCCAAGGCCCCCAAGGCCGCGGUUCAGACACUGAUUCAACAUGAAGUUUCAGAAAAACGAAAGGAAAUCGAUGCGAGACGCAGCUUCUGUACCAGCAGCAAUCGCCGCGGAGAAUUCCCACGACGCGGGCAGCGAGGCAACUCCGGGGUGGAGUCGUCAUCAACGCGGAGUCGAGCUUCUGGGUUCUAAGUGUUCUAGCCAAGGAGACUACAGUGGCAGCUGUCCCUGUGCUGCAGCGGUCUGCAACCGGACAACUUUCUUGGCACGAACGCAGGGGUCCCCACACGUCCACUCUGUUGGGGCGGGGGGUGGGGCGAGGGGUGCUGCCAGAUGCUGGAUGCGACGUCGGUGUGGGCCGGACCGUACGCGCCAAUCACCGUGGGGCGCGGUGAUGGAAACUGAAAGCCACCGGGAGCGCGGCUCCUGCCCUGCGUGGCUCGGAGUGAAACACUCGCCAACACCGCGGGGCGAUGUGGACAGCAGGGGGCAGUGCAGCAAACCCCAUCGCUGCACUGUACUUCUAUGCUCCCCGUGGUCUAUGCCCCGCACCUUCGCGACUGGGCGCUCCGUGGGCACUGCGUUCUCCAGGGAGCUCCGUUGGCCUCACGGUUGCGCAGGGCGCCCCUGUGGCCACUCGCUCUUGCAGGGGGAGCCUGGGCCCCGCGACUCCCGGCUGGCAUCCAGGAAUUCGCGAACCCUGGGACCGCGCGCGGGAGACGAGGCCGCGGGAGACGCGACGCGUCUUUAUCCAGCGAGGGCACGGAGUGGAGACGCUGGCUCGGAGAGGCUCGCGGCGCCCAUGGCGACCAAGACGCACGGGCCGCUGCUGAAGAAGCACAGCCAGACGGAUCUGCUGAGUCGGCUCAAGACGCGCAAGAUCCUCGGCGUGGGAGGCGAGGAUGACGACGGAGAAAUUCAUCGCUCGAAGGUUCGAAGGGUCCAGCAGUUGGGUGACAAUGGGGCUCACUGUGCGCCCCCAUUGCAGUCGUCGCACGCUGCCAGUGGCUGUAAUCGCGACCGUAAUCGCAGCCAUUGGCACAACAUCGCGACCGGCAAUGAGCCGUGGUGCGGUGGUGAGCGCACCGCGCUGUGAUUCCGAACGUCGGAGUUCAAUUCGCGGCCACGGCUGUAAUCAGCGACGAGUGAUGCUCCGAACCGGUCCUGCGUGUCCCCCCCUCCGACUCCAUCGCCAGCCCGCGCGAGUGACCAACACGGUGAAGUAUGGCUAAACAACCUCCGUGAGCGACACGGGCAUGGGGUGGGCCUUCAUCCAGCAGCGGGAUCGACACGGGGCAGUGCUACAAUGAUUAUGAAACUGGCACUGAAGCGGGGGGGAGGGGGGGUUGGCAUGUUUCCCUCGCCAAACCUCGCAGCUGCAGGUUGUUCCCGCCUCGCGUGGUGCGAUCUGCCUCCUCGCCCUGCGCGCAGCCAAGAGGAGCACUCGGCAGACAGAGCUCGCAGUGUCUCCUCCCGCUGCCGCAGGUCUGUGAACUCGGAGCGAGUGGGGUGGGGGGAGCGCAGACGCCAGGCCUCACUCCAGUGAAUUUGGCCGAGAGAUUCCUCGCGCGUCAGACAAAGAUCACCCGUGUAGCCUUGAACCCAUCACUGGGACAAGUGCUGUUAGCCCAGAACCUAAAAAGUGGGGUGGCCAGCACCACGCCCGGCCGCCUUUGCCUCCCCUGUGGCAAUGUUUACACACCGCCCCAGGUAUUCAUUUAAUACUGAGUCGACCUAUGGGAGACCCAGGACCGGUUCAAAUAUUCGAACGUAAAAUAGAACUCCUCUACACUUCAAGGGUUUCCCCGGAUUCUCCGCUUUUCCUGACCUUAACCCUCGGCUUUAAAUCCAGAGCAGCAGCAGCAUCAUCAUUAUUAUUAUCAUGGCCAUUAUCAUUAUUAAACUUUCACAAGAGACGGGCGAUUUCAUCAAGUGGCUCUCAGCUGCGUCCGCACAAGGGAAUUGAUUGAUCGAGCGAGCGAGCCGCAGGACCGCUCCGUGCUCCGCGUGAAGGGUUCCCUCUCUCUCUCUCGCUGCGUGGACGUCUUCCAAAUGUUUCACAAUUCGACACCACGGCCACCACCACCAACGCAGCAGCAGCUGCGCAUUUACCCCGGCCUCGCGCCCCGUGGUUUCCCGCGAGCCCGGGUUUCCCAACCCGCAACCGAGCUCCUCCGCGCGGCUCUUUCGUAACAGCGGUCUGCGUGACGCGUGCGCGCACACACACGAGCGUGUCUAUACGCACACGUGUACGCGUGCACGUGUGUGCGCGUGUGCCGUGCAAUGACUCAAUAUCCUCCGGAACGCUGCUGCUAAGGCUGUGUCUGCAGUAAGGAUUAUCGGUGUAAGGCGCGCUACCACCAGAGUACAAGGUGCGUCUAGACGUGAGAGAAUAGUACAGUACAACAGUAGAUGUUGUUGUUGUGCUAGACAUUGCCCCACAAUCUAGCCCGGUAUCAGCCUAUAGCAACUUGUUCUAUGAAUAUGAUCCGCGAGAUUUUGGGCGAUUUCCCUUCUUCAUUGCACAUCACGCAGAAGAGCCAUUUCCCGAAACGUCGCCGAUGCUAUACAAAUAUAAUUGUAUUUUAGGCCAGCGUUGUGGACAAGUGUGGCGAGUUGUUGAUUAUUCUAAUGCGCCACUGCCAACGCAGCAGCAGCGUCACCAGAUGAUGCGCGUCAUGUAGACAGUGGUCUGAAGAGAUCACGGGCACUUCGGGAGAUGUGGGCCAACGUCGCCCUUUUGUGCUGUGCCGGAUGUGUGGCGGCGGUGCCUGUAGCUCUUCCUUUGCAUUUUAGAAUCGUGUCGUGUGUUGUUUGCCACGACAUCCGACGUUUCGCUGCACGUGCCGGGAGCUUCCUCGGUUCGGACAAGUUGCUCAUAAUCAGUUCCUGACGAGGUAGCUGUAUUCGCACGUGGAGCGAAGCGUCGGACAUCGUGCCAAACAAUUCUUUGGAGGGAAAAAUGUUCCUCAAUUUUCUGUGAUCCUUGGUAAUAUAAAAAAAACGUAACGAUGUCUGCACCACUAACAAUGGGGGGAAAUCGCCAAGGCAAUCGAUGGGUUCCGGCCGGUUCAUCACCGGUUAUAAAUAAAGACGAUCAUCUCUGUGUC